AUGCCUUCUUUAUUCAAACCGCACAGCCUUUUUUUUAUUUAUUCAACCAUGCCUUCUUUUGUUGAAAUCUCCAAUGCUUCUUUCACUCACUCAUCAAUACCUUCUUUCAUUCAAGUCUUUCAAUGUUCUUUCCUUUACUCAUCUAUGCUGUUUUUUGUUCAUUUCUCCCAUGCGUCUUUCACCCCACUCAUCAAUGACUUUUUCAUUCAAUUCUCACGUGCUUCUUCCCAUCACUCAUCAAUGCCUUCUUUUGUUUUAAUCUCCAAUGCUUCUUUCAUUCACACAUCAGCACCUUCUAUCUUUGAAAUCUCUCAGGAUUCUUUCCCUUAUUCAUCAAUCCUUUCCUUUGUUCAAAUCACCUAUGCUUCCUUCCUUUACUCAUCGAUGCCUUCUUUCAUUCAAACCCAUCUUGCUUCAUUCCCUUACUCAAUGAUGCCAUCUUUUGCUCAAAUCUACCAUGCUUCUUUCCCUCACUCUUCUAUGCCUUCUUUCUUUCAAAUCUCCUAUGUUUCUUCCCCCUUAUCCAUCAAUGCCUUCUUUCGUUCAAAUCUUACUUUCCCUUACUCAUCAAUGCCUUCUUGCUGUCAAAUCACCCAUCCAUUUUUCCCUUACUCAUUGAUGCCUUUUUUCAUUCUAAUCUCCCAUGAUUCUUUCCCUUACUCAUUGAUGUCUCUUUUCAUUAAAAUCUGUCAUGCUUCUUUUGGUCCUAUCUCUCCUAUUUCUUUCUUUUAA